UUUAAGAACUGAAAUCACCACAGAGAGAGAGAGAGAGAGAGAGAGUGGGAGAGAGAGUAAGAGAGAGAGAGAAUGAUGUCGCAGCAGCAGUCGCAAAGUAAGAUGCGCGGGCGUCGCCAUCGGCUGGCCAUCAGAAUGGAUCCGGAGCUCAAGCGGAAACUGCUGCCCUUGCAUGUGCGUGCCUUGGGCAUGGUUGAACGGAGCCUGGGAUCCCCCUUGGCCUAUGAGGCGCAGGUGCUGCGACCCGAUGUGGAGAACACAAUGACGGAUCUGGAGACGUUCAUCAAUCUGGUGAAGUGUGCCUUUGGCACGGGCUGCCUGGCCAUGCCGCGAGCCUUCUCCAAUGCCGGCUGGGUCAUUGGUCUGGGUGCCACCGUUCUGAUUGGCUUCAUUGUGGUGUAUGCCAUGCAUGUGCUGUUGAAUGACAUCCAACGUCUGUGCAGACGCCAUCGCGUGGCAGUGCUCAGCUACAAGGAGACCAUGGAAUUGGCCCUACUCGAUGGACCCACAUGGCUGCACUCCAUGAGCCAGCCCCUGGGCUACUUGGUGGACGUAUUGAUGUGUGCCUAUCAUUUCGGUGUGGACUGCGUCUACAUUGUGUUUAUAGCCAAGAAUCUCAAGUUCCUGGGCGAUCUGCAUCUCCGUUCGAUGGAUCUGCGUCUCUAUAUGGCACUGCUGACCCUCCCGCUGAUGCUCACGUUCCUCGUGCGGAAUCUCAGGUAUCUGGUGCCGUUCACUGUCAUCGCCAAUAUCCUGAUAGUCGGCAGUUUUGGCAUCAUUCUGUGGUAUCUGCUACAGGAUUUGCCCAGCCUGCAGGAACUGCAGGCCACACAGCACUGGACGCAGUUUCCCCUCUUCUUUGGCACGGUUCUGUUUGCCAUCGAAUCCCUCGGAGUUAUCUUGGCGCUGCAACGCAGCAUGCGGCACCCGGAGAACUUUCUGGGCUCCUGCGGGAUACUCAAUCAGGCCAUGGUCCUAGUGGUUCUCUUCUAUGCGGUGUUUGGGUUCUUUGGCUACUGGCACUACGGCGAUGAGACGGCCAAUUCCAUUCUGCACAACCUGCCACCCAAUGAAACCCUGCCACAGUGUGUGAUGGCAAUGUUUGCCCUGGCCAUGUUCUUCAGCUACGCUCUGCAGGGCUACGUCACCGUGGACAUCAUCUGGCGGGGAUACAUGCAACCGAAGCUGGAGGAGAACGUCGCCACCGGGCGCACCGUGGAGUAUCUGGUGCGCUGUGCCCUCGUGAUUGCCUCUGUGCUGGUGGCCAUUGGCUAUCCGGACUUUGGGCUGCUGCUCUCCUUUGUGGGCUCCUUCUGCCUCGCCCAGCUGGGGCUCAUCUUUCCGGGAAUCGUGAACAUGUGUGUGCUGUACAGCCAGGGCUAUGGCUGGGGCAGGCUCCUGCUCUGGCGAUCCCUCCUCUUCCUUGUGCUGGGCUUCUGUGGCGGCAUCACGGGCACGGUCAUCUCCCUGCGGGAACUGAAUGAAGGCUAUCCCAAAGGGCGGCGAUGACAGCGACGACACUGUGCUCCCACAAGUAUCCCCUUAUUUAUCCAUCACUAUACAUUGUUUUGUUUUGU